CGGUAUUUUAGUAGUACAACACUCACAGGAAGGUGCAAACCAAGCGUGCUUGGUCACAAACCGGGCCGGGCAUCAUUGGGAGAAAGGAAGAAUUGCUGAUUAAUCAACGCUGAAUGAGUUUUCAGAAAUCACCUACUUUAUUAAUUUAUUCCCCAUCGUAGCUAGUACGUGUUCCUGUACACAACACAAACGAAGGGUUUUGUGACACAGCGCAAUUUUUAGGUGUCUUGAGGUUUGCGCCAGCAUGUCUGUGUCUGUGAUCAUUAAAUGGGGUGGGCAGGAGUACUCCAUCAGUACACUCUCUGAAGAGGACACUGUGCUGGACCUCAAGCAGUCUAUCAAGUCCCUGACUGGGGUUCUUCCAGAGAGACAGAAACUCCUAGGAUUAAAAGUCAAAGGUAAACCAGCAGAGGAUGAAGUGAAGCUGGGCUCACUGAAGCUGAAACCCAAUACCAAGAUCAUGAUGAUGGGCAGCAGAGAGGAGAGUCUGGAAGACGUUUUAGCGCCUCCCCCAGAGAAUGAUGACGUUGUCAAUGACUUUGACAUUGAAGAAGAGGUGAUUGAAGUAGAGAACAGAGAGGAGAACUUGGCCAAGAUAGCCCGCCGUGUCAAAGACUACAAAGUGGAGGAGAUGAACCCACCCAGGGAAGGAAAGAGGCUGCUAGUGCUAGAUGUGGACUACACAUUGUUUGAUCACAAGUCAUGUGCGGAGACGGGUCAAGAGCUCAUGAGGCCUUUUCUCCAUGAGUUCUUGACCUCUGCGUUCGAAGACUAUGACAUUGUAAUUUGGUCUGCCACGAGUAUGAAGUGGAUUGAUGCUAAAAUGAAAGAGCUAGGAGUGACAGACAACCCUAACUACAAGAUCACCUUCAUGCUGGACAGUGCAGCCAUGAUCACAGUGCACACACCUAAGAGGGGUGUAGUGGAGUCUGUCAUGUUGGGUGUGUUUCAGGUGAAGCCUCUCGGGGUGAUAUGGGGCAAGUACAGUGAGUUCUACAGCAAGAGGAACACCAUCAUGUUCGACGACAUUGGCAGAAAUUUCCUCAUGAACCCACAGAACGGACUGAAGAUUCGUCCGUUCAUGAAAGCGCACUUAAACCGUGAGAAAGACAAAGAGCUCUUCAAACUGUCUCAGUAUCUUAAAGAGAUUGCCAAACUGGAGGACUUCUCUUUUCUCAACCACAAGCAUUGGGAGAGGUAUCUGUCAAAGAAGCAGAGCCAGUGAGAGCAUUGUUGUGGCUAUGUGAAGGGAUGGUCAUUCCUCAACCAGGAACAGUGCUGGACACUGAAGCUCUCACCAAACUACUACUGCCCGUUUCUGACUGGGAACUGUUUCCCAUUCUAUGGCUUGUUCUUUGAUUUCUGUUCUUCCCCCCUCAUCUCUGAAAUUCUUUGUUACCUUCAGUAUAACAGUUCUGUCACCCAUCCAUAAACCGGGAGACACACGGUAAGUACUGUACACAUACCGGUACACAGUUCAAUGGUUUUUGUUAGGUUUCAUCCAAUCGCUCAUUCAGAGUAGUGACUCUAUCAUCUGUAGCUAUAUGAACAUGUUCUAUACUUAUACCGUUGCAUAAUCUCUUUCUCUCCCCCCGGCUCUCUCCCUUAUGGCACCAUACCAAGUAGAGAUGGUGAAGCUAGCACAGGAACUGACUUUUACUGAAUGCACCUGACACUGAGGUAGAGUUGAUCAGACAGGUUACUUAACUGACCAGUGAGGUGGAUUAGGCCUCUAUUAGGAUGACGUCCAUAUGCUGCUGCUUGUCACAGAGGUCAUUUCAGAAGGAGAUGGAAGAUGUUGUCCAACAGGCGAUUUAGUUUAUGUCAUUGUGUACUGACAUCAGCUAUGCCUGCCUGGAAAUAACAUCUACAGUGCCUUCAGAAAGUAUUCACACCCUCCACAUUUUGUUGUUACAGUCUGGAUUUAAAAUGGAUUUACAUAAAGAUUUUGUCACUAGCCUACACACAUUACCCGAUAAUGUCAAAGUGGAAAUCCUUUUUUAUUUUUUUUACAAAUUAAAAAUGAAAAGCUGUAUAGUCUUGAAUCAAUAAGUAUUCAACCCCUUUUAUGGUAAGCCUAAAUAAGUUCAGGAGUAAAAAUGUGCUUAACAAGUCACAUAAUAAGUUGCAUGGACUCACUGUGUGUGCAGUAAUAGUGUUUAACAUUAUUUUUGAAUGACUACCUCAUCGCUGUAGCCCACACAUACAAUUAUCUAUAAGGUCCCUCAGUCGAGCAGUGAAUUUCAAACACAAAGACCUGGGAGGUUUUCCAAUGCCUCACAAAGAUUGGUAGAUGGGUAAAAAAAAAAAAGCAGACAUUGAAUUUCCCUUUGAGCAUGGCGAAGUUAUUAAUUGCACUUUGGAUGGUGUAUCAAUACACCCAGUCACUAAGAUACAGGCGUCUUUUCUAAUUUAGUUGCCGGAGAGGAAGGAAACCGCUCAGGGAUUUCACAAUGAGGCCAAAGGUGACUUUAAAACAGUUAAAGUUUAAUGGCUGUGAUAGAACUGAGGAUGGAUCAACAUUGUAGUUAUCUACAAUACUAACCUAAAUGACAGAGUCAAAAGAAAGAAGCCUGUACAGAAUACAAAUAUUCAAAAACAUGCAUCCUGUUUGUAAUAAGGCAUUGCAAAAGUAAAACUGCACAAAAUGUGGCAAAGAAAUUAACUCUGUCCUGCAUACAAAGUGUUAUGUUUGGGGCAAAUCCAAGCAUGGUGGUGGCUGCAUCAUGUUAUGGGUAUGCUUGUCAUCAGCAGUGAUUAUGGAGUUUUUUUUACAAAGGCAAAAUCCUAGAGGAAACCCUGACUGUCUGCUUUUCAACUGACACAUGGAGACAAAUUAGGACAAUAACCUAAAACACAAGGCCAAAUAUACACUGGAGUUGCUUACCAAGAUGACAUUGAAUGUUCCUGAGUGGCCUAGUUACAGUUUUGACUUUAAAUCUGCUUCAAAAUCUAUGGCAAGACUUGAAAAUGGCUGUCAACAACCAACUUGGCAGAGAUUGAAGAAUUUUAAAAAGAACAAUCCAGGUGUGGAUGUAUUGACUCAGCGGGUUGAAUACUUACGUAAUCACUAUAUAUAUUUUAUUGAUGUAGAGUUUAAAAUAUAUAUAUUUUAUUAUUAUUAUUAUUAUUAAUUUUUUUUUAAAUGUUACAAUUUGUCUUCCACUUUGACAUUACAGAGUAUCUUGUGUAGAUCAUUGACAAAAUAAAUUACAAUUAAAUCCAUUUUUCAUCCCAUUUUGUAACAACAAAAUGUGGAAGAAGUCUAGGGGUGUGAAUACUUUCUGAAGGCACUGUAUCUUUGCGUGUGGCUAAACAGUAUUUCUUUUAUUAUGCAUUUGACUGAAUUUUGAUUUGAGCUGGACACUUUUGUCAUAUUCUCAGGCAAAUGUUAAGGCCACUGAAGUUAAUGAACCAAACUAUACUUGUUGUAGAAUGAUUGAAAAUAAGUUGGAAAAAGGCACUUAUGUUGUUUUUGAAGGUGGGUGGGAAAAUUGAAAGGCAUUGUGUUAGACUCAGCACAAGCACUAGACACUAAACUCUGCUCAAAUUCUCAGAUUUUGUAUGAUGUUUAUUUGGAAAUAGAAUUGUAUUGAUUUCAGUUGGAAGAAUGGAUAUGGUUCUGAACAUUGAAUCAAAUACAUAUUUGUAUCUUGUUACUAGUAUUCUCUUUAAGAGGCAAUUGAACAGUCUUUGACAGUAUUUAGGUUAAUUCAAUAUUUGCCAACAUUUUGCUUUAUUGGCUCUAACACUAGAGCAUCAAUGCUCUCACGUCAUCCCGCAAAGUUAUGCAAUAAUCUAAAGAUCAACUGCUAUCAGAGGAUAUGAACACGUCAGGGUUUACAGAAUAUUUUCAACUCUGUUAUUUUCUGUUUUGAAUGGUCAAAUAUUUAUUUUACAGACUAACUUCUUUGUUUUCUUGUGAAGAAUAUGUUUUGCCACCUUCAUGUCAGGUGGCAUUUUAAUUUUCGUCCAAAACUUUAUAUAGAAGGAGUGCCUUUGAUUUGAUGGCCUUUUAGACCCGAUGACGUGUUUCUAAACGAGCUUAGCUAGCCAACGUUGCCAUGACAUCUACGGGUGUGAUCGGGGAUUUCUAUUGGAGAAGCUGUUUUAGCCUAUCUUCAUACUGUACUGUCUUUGGUACUAUCAUUUACCAAGCUGUGUGUACUCUGUCAACAUGCAUCUUAGGCACUGAAUACACACUUGGAUAACUGACAUUCAGUAUGUAUGGUAAAUCAUGUCUGUUGCUGAAGCAGCACUUUUCAAACUAUUAUUUGUUUUAGUUCUCAGCUUGUCAUAUUUGUUACCUCAGUUAAGUUUGCUUCACAAUCACAUGAUUUGUAAAAGAUGAGGAAACCAUCACAUUUGUUGUCCUGUGAGAUUUCAUUUGCAGACUGUUGUACACUCCCCUAUGUAUACAUUUGGACAGUGAAACUACAAUUUUUUAAUUUGGCUCUAUACUCCAGCAUUUUGGAUUUAAGAUCAAAUGUUUUAUAUGAUGCGACAGUCCAUAAUGUCACCUUUUUUAUUUGAUGGUAUUUUUAUACAUCUGUUUUUCUUUUUAGAAAUGAAAGCACUUUGUAUCUAGCCCUCCACCCCCCACCCACCCAUUUUGAAGGUGUCAUAAAUAAGGACAAAUUCACUAGUGUCGUAAAAAGUUUAGUAUUUGGUCCCAUAUUCCUAGCACACAAUGACUACAUCAAACUUGUUGGAUGCUUUGGUUGUUUUGGUUAUGUUUCGAUUAUGUUGUGCACAAUUAGAAAUGAAUCAAAUUCAUCCAAAAAGUCUGUACAGUCAAGCUUGAUGUAAUUAUGGCACGCUAGGAAUGUAGACCAAAUACUAAACUUUUGACAAUUUAAUACAAGUGAAUUUGUCCAAAUACUUAUGACCCCAUUCAAAUGGGGGGGACUAGAUGCAUAAAGUGCAUUCAUUCCUAAACGGUAAAACAGAAAACACCUUCAAAUAAAAGGUGACAUUCUAUACUGUCACAUCAUAUAAAACAUUUGAUCUGAAAUUCAAAAUGCUUGAGUAUAGUGCCAAAUUAAAAGUUAAGUUUCACUGUCCAAGUACGUAGGGGAGUGUCAGAUAACGUGAACAUGUUUUUAACAAGUGGACACCGGAUUCCUGUUGUGACCAUAUCCCGACUGUAAAUAAAAGAUUACACUUUUUAGAAAAUAAA